AUGGAUCCAGCGACCUCUCCUGCUCGACGCGUCCUCGGCGAGAAAGACCCCAACGCGCUUCUACCGACACAGUCCCCCCGAAAGGGCACUGUUGGUUUGGAGAACGCCGCCAGUCCCUUCGUGCAGCGGCCGACCUCGAAGCGUCCUCUUUCGCCCGUCAGCGCGCGUGCAGGACAGAAGAGAAAAAUAGACGAGACGAAUGACGAUGAAAUACAAGGCUCGCAAGACUCUCGAUUGCCCCAUCCCAUGUCCCAGAUGACGGAGAUCCUGAGCGACAGCCUUUCCGAACCGGAAAACUACAGAAUGACAGCGGAACCAUACAAAUCCACACCUAAUACUGUGGUGUUCUCGUCUUUUCGCCCGUCGCAAGAAGAGACAUCCCAAGUCGAGCCCCAGUUUGAGAUACAUGAAGAACCCAGCCAACAGACUUUGGACACAAUGCAUGCCAUCACUCUUCCUCAAAACACGUCGCAACUAGUGCCGGCACUACGACCGAGCCUGAACCAGGAAGGCUCUCAAAUCAGCCUGAGCAUGUCGAGUCUGAUUGAUUUCGAGAACAACCAUUCGUCCCAAGACGAGGAUAACAUGCAAAUGAUCGAAGAAGAGGAAGUGGUUAAGGACCAGCGACCGAAAACCCGAGAGGACAUCAGGAAGGAAAUGCUUCUGGAGAAAGCAGAGACCCUUCGCACUCGCCUUCAACUGGCCAUCUUCAAGAUCCAAACAAACCAAGUCUCGCGGCCUUUUGCGCGUCUUCAGAUCCCAAAAGCUCGUUCGUCGUCUCCGGACAUGCCAGCAAUCUCGUCGUCGUCUCCGAGCUCGUCUUCUACUCUGAGGGGAGGAGAGCCGGGACUCGCCAUGACGCCCGAGACCAGAGUUGCCAUGGCACGAGCACGCGCGACAAUGGACCCCAAGCCCAAACCCAGGACGCUAUCGAGUCUGCCGAUGCCCACGAUCGCCCCGACCGCCUUCUCGGCGCGCUGGAAUCACGGUUUCUCGGAAACAGAGACAGGCCAGCCGCAUUUCAGCAAUCAGCUCCAACAUGCCACCAUUCCCAGCAGUCCGCCGGUAUUGGCAGCUGCACAGCCACGCGCUGGUCAGACGGUUGGUGAAGCCGGAAACGGAAACGGAAACGGAAACCGAACAGCCCUUCGCGGUGAGCCCAAGACACCUGUGCGGCUAUCUAGUCCCGUGUCGGUACCGGUAUCGGCAGGCCGUCAUGACCUCGACCUCGGUGACCGAGCCAAUACCUCACAGGCAAGGAACCCGUACCGCCCUGGCGGCCCGACUAGUAGUGUGGUCAAGGGAGAAGCCGCAAACAGUCUGCUUGCGCUUGUCCGUGGUGGCAGUGGCGCUGCAAGGUCCGGCGGUGUUGGAAUGUGCGGACUGUAG